AUGAAGCCAGAUCUCGCCGCCGUACUUGAUAUUUUGGACCAUGGUCAAAUUCCUGUGGUACGGUUGCACAUGGAUAGUCUGUCACUGGAAGUUAGAGCUCUCGAUCCCGAGGACAACAAGGCAGACUACAUCGCAUUCUCUCACGUCUGGGCUGAUGGACUUGGGAGCACAACAGAGGUGGGCUUGCCAUCCUGCCAGGUUCAGAGGCUUCACCAACUCGCAAACACGCGCACAGGCGACGGAGCGUUCUGGAUCGACGCCUUGUGCGUCCCAAAGCAGCAGGUUCAACGAGAAAAAGCCAUCCGGCUCAUGAUCCAGACAUACAAACACGCGACCGGCGUCAUACUCCUUGAUCAUGGUCUCCGCAGCCUUUCCACGAGCAGAUCGGACCUGGAGGUUGGGUGGUCAGUGGUUGCGUCUGGUUGGUUUGGCCGACUGUGGACGUACCAAGAGGGACACCUUGCGCAAUGGGUUGACGUGGACCUUGGCGACGGCAUGAUCGACCUCUACUCCUUGGUUCAACGCCUCUACCGUCGCUACUACGAUCGACCGGAGGGAAACCCAUUUCCGUCCGUCUUCGUGCACGAGCUGCUAGCCAUGCUCCAAAAAGCGCGGCCCCUAGAUAGCCUGAACAACCAGAGGCCACGGUCUAGACGUCUGGUGGACCUGUUCAACGCGUUGACCAGACGGCAAACCAGCCGACCGACGGAUCAGUUUCUCGUAAUUGGGCUACUUCUUGAUUUGGACAUUAGUCAGGGAGCAACUCUCGAGGGAGAGGAGCGAUGGAAAGAUCUCUAUCUUCGAAUCGAAAAGAUCCCCUGGACGGUGGUCUUUGACCAACGGCCCAAGAUGGCGACAUCUCUGUUUACCUGGGCGCCGUCGACCUGGAUCAGCGCCGGUAGCGAUCGAUGGUUACAUUACAACGACGAGGAGGCCGAUAUCACGGACGAGGGCCUCAUCGUCACCCUCAAAAUCCUGGUUCUGGACGAGACGGCGACUAUCAAUUUUACCCGCACCGUGCUUGAAACGGAAGAGCAACACUUCUAUGAGCUAGCCUGGGAGGAAAGAGAGGUAGGCGCCAACUCUCAACUUGUUAAAUUCGACACGUUGUUUGUGCGGUAUCUCAAAGGCGAGGACCCGGAGGUCGUGCUCCGCCUCCUCUUGUCCGACAGCCCAGAAGCAGUCCAGCUCAGCAUCGCUUCAGUGCCGGCCGAGAGCGUCGAGAAUCCGCAUCCCAAAAUGGCCGGCUCGGACCUUUGGGUCCAGAACCUUGAGCUAGUCUACGUGAAUUUCGACCCGUUGCUCAGAUACAUGGCGACCAACGCUUUUGGGUGCAUCCACUGGCUGGGUAUAAUCACCAUGAGCGGGAUACUAUGGGCUUACUUAUCUCUGGUCGCCUUUCUCGUAGUGCCUGCGACAGGCUGCGUCGUCUUCUUCCUCUACGGGCUUCACCUGCGCGAGCUGCUCGUUUCUGAGUCCCUACAUGGGCAUAACUUCAACCGCCUCAUCCUUAUAGCGGAGCACCUGGACGCUGCCCACUUGACCUUCUUCUACAGCGACAGUAUGGUCCUCAGCUCGCUCAAACAGUGUCGGCACGAGCCCCAACACCCGACAGCGCCCUUGCCGACGUUCUUUCUCCGAAUACUCCUGCAGCUUCUCAUUCUGGGGUAG